CAUUAGGCAGUAUAUAUAUAUUCACCACUCGGACCUGCAGGUUUCCCUCAUCUUCAGUGUGGUUAAUCAAUAAUCAAGCAAAGCAGAUCAAAGCUCUCUUGAAAUUUCGAACGAUGGGUUUGAAGGAGGAAUUUGAAGAGUACGCUGAGAAAGCUAAGCAAUUGCCUGAGAAUACUUCCAAUGACGACAAGCUCAUUCUCUAUGGACUUUUCAAACAAGCCACAGUUGGGAAUGUGAACACAAGCCGUCCGGGUAUGUUCAACAUGAGGGACAGAGCAAAGUGGGAUGCUUGGAAGGCUAUUGAAGGAAAAACCCAGGAGGAAGCUAUGAAUGAUUAUAUUACCAAGGUGAAACAGCUGCAGGAAGCAGCUUCAUCUUGAUGGCAUGAAUCACCUGUUCAAUAAGUUAAAUAUUAUGGUCUGAUCUAUCCAGUCAUGCUUGUUGCCUUUAUGUUUAAAAGAUCUCCCUAUAGCCUGGAGAAAAACAUAUCUAUGCAUAAAACUGUUGUGUUAUUGCUGGCUGAUUUCUAUGGUAUAUCUGCAUGAUUUUCUUAUAA